AUGAAAUUUCUCAACGCCUUGCCUCUGCUACUUUCAUCCAUAUCUCCUGCAGCUAUUGCCGUCCCGCUUGCCGAUAAUUUCUCAAAGUCAUGCGAUAUCCUCGGCGUUCAGCAGAACACCCUCACUGCGCUUUGUCAAGCGCCUAGGGGUGAGAUACGAACAUCCCUCGACUUGAACCAUUGCUUUGCAAACUCUGAUGGACAAAUCGUUGCUCGGAAUGAGGGUUACUUCCACAACAGCUGCAACUAUUGCGGUGGAACUGGAGAGGGAAUUCUUCGGUGCUUUUGCAACAAAAAGGGCAGCGGGCAGGAGGAUACGAAAAUAGACAUGAACGCUGUUGUGAAGAACAUUGAUGGACAUCUCACCUGCUAUGGCCAUCGCGGAUCAUGA